GAAAUAAUUCAUAAAUUCAAUUAUUUAAUUUUUAAAUAAAAUACUCACAUGAGUAAAACUUACGUGAAAGUGAAAAGAGGACUCUCCUGAUACUACGACGAUGUUUAACACCAUUUGAAUCAGAACCGGCAGCUUAUGGACGGCCCGUCAGUGCAUUUCUUGUAGGCUUCCACAAAGGGAUCUCUCUCCUUAAAAAUAUCUCGUUCCCAGCACCCCAAACACGCAUCCUCCUCCACAAUUCAAUCCUCGCACUCUCCGCCCUAUUUCGAGGAGAAUAUGAGAUCUUCGUGCCAUAGUCGUUGGAAAACCUAGAACUCUCCGAUCGAUCCGGCGGCGAUGGUAAUUUUUCAAGCAAGAUUGCACUAGGGUUCAGAUUCGAGUGCAAUUUCGCUGGCCUCCCAAGAGAAUGGCACGUUCAUCGAUUGAAGAUGUUCGAAUUAAAAAUCCUUAGAGUUAGCCAUGACGAUUGAAAAAUCAGUGCGAGUUUUGGUGUGCACAAUUCCAAUCGGGUGUUUAUAUAUGGAUUCGGGGAGAUGGUUUGCUGGUUAUCUACAGAAAAAGAUAUCCAUAUUAAUAAUUGGCAGCUCCAAUCGGUCUUUCAAAUGUACAAAAGUUGCUUCAAAUUGAACAAAUACAGCAUUGAGGAUGUGGUUCUGGUGUUUAGUUAUUUUGACAUUUUAACCCUUUUUUCGUGAUAUGUGCUAUUACUUGGAAAAUGGUUGUGGUCCGGAACUUUAUUAAACUUGACCAUGUUUUUUUUUAUAUAUUAUAUUGAUAUUUCUACAAGUUAUGAAAAAUUUGCCCAUUUAUUAAUGUUAAGUUUGGCGUUUCUCUGUAGUUUCUCCAUUUUCCCCCAAUAGGCAGGCCCAACAAGUUUUAGGGCAUUUUAACCCAAUAAUUUCAGGCCCAAUAACCAUAUUACCUUUUCCUUGAUAAAUACAGAUUCCUUUGACCUAUCUAGCCAGCGUUCGACAUGGCAUUUGCUCUGCCAUGUGUUUUUGUUGAAAAUCUCCUGAUCUCCCUCGUGUCAAAGCCGUAAAAAAAUUCUGUUAACCCUCAGCAUCUGCUAGGGUUUUGGUUGGAAUUGGGGUUUUAGGGUUUCCAUAAUCCCAUUGCUUCGCUGCCAUUUGAUGCGCCCAAAACCCUGGGGAUUUGGGUUCGUUUGGUCAUCUGAUUCAACGCCGACUCUCUGUGAUCCACAUUGGUUUCUUUUAUAGUUCUAUUCAUGCUGCCAAUUGUGUUUACAGAUUGCCGAUUUCAUCAUAUACUCUGUUUAAUUAACGAAGUUGAAGAUUGCGGAUUAAAAGAGAAUUCUAUUUCUUUUUUAGUUCACUUUCUUUCUUUGGAUUUAUAUCUGAUUCUUUGAUUAAUUUACGGUGGGGAAAGAUAGUAUAGAAAGAUAGUUCAUUUUGUCAGAUUAUAACAAUGCUGUGUGUAUAUUUAUUGGUUGAUUUAAUUUAUUUUCCUCCAAAAUUGUAGCCAAACGUGAGAAAAGCCCUAUCUAUUGCUGCAGAGGUACUACGUUAGGAUGAAUAAGAGUAGUAAUAGAAUGGAAAGCAACAAUGAUCAGUCCAGAGGCAAAAAGAUUUUUGUAGGGGGUUUACCAUCUGAUUUAACUGAGAAUGAGUUCAAAAGCUACUUCGAAAAGUUUGGUCAGAUAACAGAUGUAGUUGUGAUGCAAGAUAGUGUAACAAACCGUCCUAGAGGAUUUGGGUUCAUCACAUUUGAUUCAGUGGAAUCUGUAAACUAUGUUCUGCAGAACAACUUCCAUGAGUUGAAUGGUAGGCGUGUGGAGGUGAAGAGAGCUGUCCCAAAGAAUCGAAACUGCAACUCCUCCAACCCACAGAGAGGAAAAAGCCCUCUAAGCCCUCAUGUUCCUUUGUAUUAUCCACAUUUUAGUUCUGGACCUGUAGUUUAUCCUGGUUAUGCACCAUUUCCACACUAUUAUGGCUCAAGCCUCUAUGGGAGCUGGCACUACAAUGGCUUAUAUGGCACUGGGCAUGAGGCUCCUCCCUUGCCCUUGGGGAGUGCUUGGUAUGCCCCAAAUGUUUUUGGUGAUGGUAUGUUUCCUUCGCCCUACAUAAAUUCUGUAAUUCAUCCUGUAUAUUCAAGCAAAGGAGGUAGGCUCUUAGAUCCAAUGGCUGGAAAUGGAAGAAGAAAUGGAAAUAUGUCGGCUGAUGCUGUGCCAUUUCAGCUCAACAAUAGAGCUUGAAGGGAUCUGGAACUCUUGCAUAUGGAAAACAUUUAUUAUUGGUUUUGCACCUUGGAUAAGGGCAUUUGGAGAUUUUGUACAUUCUGUUACUGCUAUGGUGUCACAUCCUCCUUUAGUUGUUUUUAUUUUUAUUUUUUUCUCAA